AUGUUAGGAUUUAUUUGUUUAGCUGUGAUAGGCGCGAUAACAGUGGCCGUGUUCUUGAUUGAUUCGUUGUGGAGCGUUUUGGAACUGAUAACGUCAUAUUUAACACCUUACUUCAUACCCACAGAAGUGUUACCCUUGUCGAAGAGGUUCGGACCUUGGGCUGCGGUGACCGGUUCCACUGAUGGCAUCGGUAAGGAGUAUGCUCUAGAGCUGGCUCGACUCGGGAUGAACGUGGUGCUCAUCAGUCGCAAUGAGGACAAGCUGAGAAACGUCUCCAGGGAGAUCGAGAAGCUGCACGGAGUGAAAACCAAAAUCAUCGUAGCAGAUUUCAGCAAAGGAACUGAGAUUUAUCAGAACAUUGAGAAUGGACUCAAAGACGUGCCGCUGGGUAUCUUGGUGAACAACGUGGGUGUUCAGUACGAGUAUCCGAUGCCGCUGGUAGAGCUGCCCGUCAGUAAAGCCUGGGAGAUGAUCAGUGUGAACGUGGUGGCUGUCACUACACUCACGCGCCUCGUGCUGCCCGGGAUGAUGUCUCGCGGGCGGGGGGCCGUCGUCAACGUGUCUUCGGGCUCCGAGCUACAGCCUUUACCGCUCAUGGCUGUGUACGCUGCCACUAAGUCAUACAUACGCAGCCUGACGCUGGCUCUCCGUGCGGAGGUGUCUCCAACAGUGACGGUGCAGCACGUGUCGCCUCUCUUCGUGUCCACUAAGAUGAACACCUUCUCUCCCACACUCCUCGCUGGCAACCUAUUAGUACCAGACGCGAAGACCUACGCCAGACACGCCGUCCGUACGCUUGGAAGGGUCAACACUACGUCUGGAUACUGGUUGCAUGGCGUUCAGAGUUUCUUCAUCAAGCUAGCCCCGGAAUGGCUCCGGAUAAAGGUCGGCGCUCAGAUGAACAGAGAGUUCAGAGAGGAACACAUGCGAGCGGUCAAGGGUCAAUGA